AUGGGCACCCGAACGAACGUUCCCCCUCCGGCACAUUUUUCCGGACGCCGACCACGAGAAGAGCGAGUAGUGUUGUAUGUACUGAUCCAUUUGCACCGUGGUGUGAUCGAACGCGUCCUCUCGAGCAGAAAUCUCUCCUUCCUCCAGGCCCUCAACAACGAACCCGCCGCGUCGGGGGAAUCCUUCCACCGGAGCGUGAGUGCGUUGCUGCGUUACCCGGGCCUAUGUCGCUACAACCCUCGGUCGCACAGCGCUCACACUCAGCUUUGGGCGCUGGCCAAUGCCCGCCGGCGAGAGCAAUACGAGGCGUUGAGGGCGGCUUACAACCCCAUGCGACCAGCGAGACUCUCGCCGGCACCGCCGUUCGAGGAGUGCACAGGCGUGUCAGACAUCUGUGACCACCCCUACUGCAUGUACGUUGCCGCUGGUGCUCGCUGUGAAAGGAACGUGGUGGCGCAGUUGAGUGCUGCUCUCGCACACCACUUCGGAAAGAAUCUGAGGAAAGUAUCCAAGGAUAAGGAGGGUCUAGAAGUGUACGGAAUGUUGAAGGAAGGAAUAGGGUUCAAGGACUACCAACAUGGACCAAUGGAUGCAGGAACAAAGCUUAAGGUCAAAUUCAGGACAGGGGACAUAGCCCUUCGAGAACGUCGACGAGGACAUAGAACGGUAGAAAACGACGACGACGAGUUCAAAUGUGAUUGGGGCUUCGAAGGCGAAGACCGUGUUCAUGUAAUCGCGGAAUGUCCGUUGUACAAGAAGGAGAGGGGAGUGUACGUGACUGAGCUGGGAAAAGUAGAUAGAACGUACAGGGAGAUGUUUGAGGCAUGGAAUAGAGAGGAAAGGACGGUAGCUGUACUGGGGCAUAAGCGGUGGGUUGAAAAGGCGGGAAGAGAUAUCGUUAGGAUAGACAGACUAGGGAAGACAAUUUUGAACCACCUUUGGCAAAGUAGAAAGGAACGAUUGGCCAUCGGUGAUCGGUCCAGUGGGAACAAUGCUCCGUCCUCUCGAGGACGCGUGGUCAUUGGUCCAACCGCUAAGGCAUGCAAAACAUAA